UGGACUUGGCAAACCACAAGUGUUCAUGUAGAGAGUGGCAACUAACUGGCAAACCAUGUAGACAUGCCUUGGCAUGGAUUUUGUCCAACAGAGGGAUGAAUAUUGGGGACUAUGUGCAUCAGUAUUAUUCAGUUGCUAAGUUCAGGGCUGCAUAUGAAGGAAGAGUGGAAGCAAUGCCUGACACAUCUCAAUGGCCAACUGUGGAUCUUGGCUUUAAGGUGUACCCUCCUCUAUUGGGAAGAUCAGCAGAAAGGCCAAGAAAACAGAGGAUUAGGGGUUGUCUAGAGAAGAAGGCAACAAAAAAGAAGGUCAGAUGCAGCAGGUGCAAAGACUUUGGGCACUUCACCAAGACUUGCCAGAUGCCUGUGGUUGGAGAAGAUGGAGAAACAGCAACUCCAAAGAAGAGAAAAAGGCAACUUACUGAAGACACUGCUGGACCAUCACAGCAGCCACCCAAGAAGAAGAAGUCUCCAAAAAGGAAGAAGACACCAAAGAAGAAGAAGACCCCCAAGAAGAAGAAGACCCCAGCCAAGAAAAAACAGAAGCAAGCUGAAGCUACUCCAGUCCCAAGUGUUGUUAGGAGCCUGAAAGCUUGGUUGAACAUGUCAGCUGGAGGAUCUUGAAUGUUUCAGCUGUGCAUCUGGCUUUUGUAAACUGUCUAGCUUUUGUAAUGCUCCAGCUGUGAAUCUGCUAUGUAGCUUCAGUUGUGAAACCUAUCUUGUAUGGUCAGCCUGAUAUGGCUGUUGAACCUGUCUUGUAUGGUCAGUCUGAUAUGGCUGUAGAACCUGUCUUGUAUGGUCAGCCUGAUAUGGCUAUUGAACCUGUUA